AUGGAUAUGCGACCACCAAAGCGUUCAUGGAUUAAUGAUGAUGAUGACAUGCGACGCAAGCAAUGGAGAGUGCAAAAUCACUGGGAGCAAGCUAUUCAGAAUGAGAUUGACUCAUUAGUUCGCAACAACACAUGGGAUGUUGUAGAUCUCAAAAUCUGGUAUGAAAACUACUGGAUCAAAGUGGGAAAGGAGAACGAAACAUGGUGA